UCAACAAAAUCGCAUCGAACGCGCAUAGGGGGAGUAGAGGUUGCUGCUUUGUUUUCAGACGAGUAAAAGUUACUUUUUGGACGAUUUCGAGUGAUAUCGAAUAUCUUCCUUGUUGGAAUGACGACAGUUUACAAGAUACAGCUCCGUAUCAUUUAGGUUUCUCUGUAUGGAUCCUUCAGCCAAACAAACUCCCAUUUUGGAACAUUAUCAGAAAUCUUUUGAAGGUGUGUAGUAGUCAAAAGGCGUCAUGGACUUCACUAUGAAUAUGAUCGACAGUGGGCGAGGUGGCAUACCCGCUUCCCAGGCUGCUGCAGUAGCUGCCAUGGGUGGGCAGGUGGCUUACCAAGCACAUGCUGUCACAGUAGCUGCCCCCACUGUCAGUCAACAACAACAACAACAACAACAGCAACAGCAACAACAACAACAGCAGCAGCAACAACAACAACAACAACAACAGCAACAACAACAACAACAACAACAGGCACAACAGCCACCCCAGCAACAACAACAGAGAGGUAGUCUUCAUGAAGGUGAUGGGGGAGGGCUGGCAGGUGAAAAAGUUCAAGAGUUGACCAAAGAUGAUUCUGAGGGUGCCUUCACCCCACCACCUCGAGUAUCAUCAGUUACAUCUCAUGAUAGUCGUGUUGAGAAAGGUACAGAUACAAAUGACUUUGAGCCUUUAAUAAAAGUUGAGAUUAGGGGGGGUGUACCGGGACUUACAACUGGAGACAAAGAUAAAAAUCAAAUAGUGCAGUUACACUUCAACAGUGUCAAUGAGGUGUUACAUUAUUUUUCCCAGCGGUCAGUGCCACAGCAUAUAGAUGCAUUUAACCUUCUUACUAAUCCAGACUUGGUGCGAAACAUCAACCCUGACUUGGUCCGCAAUCACUUCUUAUAUGUCCCGAACCCUCAGGAAGGGGUAAGGGUUGCAUCAAAUGGCUAUAGUUCGGGUUCCAAUUCAGCUCAGACGCCUCCUGCGCAAGGGGGAGCUGCAACAUCACCAGUUGUCGUAAAACAAGGUUCUAGCAGUGGCAGUUAUGGGAAACAAGACAGGCGACGUGACUCAAAUCAGUCGGGUACAAGUACUAUAGCAGCUGGAGCUAUUGUACCUAGACCAGGGGUUGAUCAAUCAGGUGCUUCUUUUGUGUGUUGGAUCUGUGGCUUAGAUCUGCAAAAAUCUCUUCAAUUUGAAGAACAUAUGGUUGACCAGCACAGCGUCGAAAAACCUUACCGAUGUGAUGAUUGCGGUGUAACCUUUAAAAGAAAAGCGCACAUGGAUCGCCAUCGUCGCAUCCACUUACCCACUCGUCCGUAUCAGUGUGCGGUUUGUGGCAAAGGUUUCACGCGUAAUGAACAUGUUAGACGACACUCGUUCACUCAUUCGGGUGAGAAGCCUUAUCAUUGCCCAACUUGUAACAAGACUUUCUCGCGACGAGAACACUUAACGAAGCAUCUCUUAAGUCAUACGAAGCCGCCAGGUCCUCAUAGUCCACCCCCUGGUGGUCAUCCUCAUACCCCAGGUGAGUAUGAAUAUUUAUGCUCGCCUGAAGAUUCUUCUUCACAGCCUAUUGGUGCUGCAGCAGUAGCAGCAGCAGUGUCAACGAUAACAUCUUUGGGUGCAGGGACUGGCCAGUUGUCUCUUCAUGCAGCUGUUCCACAACUAUUACCACCUUCCACCACACACAGUAAUGUGAAGCUUCAGCAGACUCACCAUCGAUUGGGUGCUCACCAUAGUCAAGGUUUGGCUACAACACUUUUGCUUCAAACAACUGACCAGAAUGGGAGGUUAGUGACCAUUAACCAGGGUGCCACUAGUGCAGUACCAACAUCAGUGGUCACUACAUCAUCUAGUGGACAUCAUACAAGCACUCAUCAAAGUACCACGACGGGAGGAUCCACACGCGGCCUCAACCAGCACGGUGAGCCAGUUCCGCGCCCGUAUCAGUGUGGGGUUUGCGGAAAAUCAUUCAUUCGAAAUGAGCACUUGCGGCGUCACGUACUGACUCAUUCAGGCGAAAAACCCCAUGUAUGUAAUACUUGUGGAAAAGCGUUUUCCAGACGUGAACACUUAACUAAGCACAUGAGGUCCCAUAUAAAACCUCCCUUGCCAACUGUGACUUCACAGCCUAGUUCUCAACCAAGUCAUAGUACCAUUCAGGUGGGCAGCAUAUCUGCAAGUGUGGCCACACCACAACCCACUCUCACUGUGGCUCAGUCUGUGGCAGUGUCGCUACCUACUCCUAGUGUUGUGGCAACAACCAAUGCUGCUCACCAACAGCCACCUCCUCAUGGUGUACCACAUACGGUUGCAGCUACCCAUGGAACCCCAGUGGCUCAUGCUGCUCAUCUACCCCCUGGCACACAUUAUUUACCGAUGUUUGGAUUGCUGGCAGAAGUGGUUUGAACAGCUGCCUCAUGAUAAUUGACUGACAGCCAACCUGGAUUUGUCCCCCCCCCUCCCCCUUAUGGUUAACUAAUGGCAGCAGGAGGCACAUGUUUCAUUACCUUUGUUUAAAUUUUGAUUUUAAUGUUCUUGAUGCUUUUCAGAUCAUCAUGUAUCCAGCCCAAAUAUUUAUUUGGAAAUUAUUUGUCAAGUUAUUUACCCAAAAGUUUGUUAUAACCUUGGCUGGAACUUUGAAAUUUGUUUUCAAAAAUUAAAUACAUUCUGUAGAUGUGCCAUGAAACUCCCUGUAGAUGUCAGGACUAGAUUUUUCUCAGUAUUGAAAAAACUACCGAGGAAAAAUGGGUUUUUAUGCGUCUCAAUCCCCUUCCUACACAAACACAAUAUAGCGAUAAAUAUUAAGCAUAUAUCUUAUAUCUAUAUGUAAUUGUUAGUCACGCCCACUGUGACUUCCUGUUUGAUCCUUGAUCACAUUCCAAUCACUAGUUGUAUCUUUGGCUGCACUUGUGGACAUUGAAAAUUUUAUUACUAGUUCUAUAUUAUCACUUUGAAAAAAAAAAACAAGUCAAAUUUAGAAUACAAUUUUUAUACAGUCAUGUACUUAGCAAUGUAUGUAAAGACACCCGAGUGAUUUUCUUAUAGAUUUUCUUGUCAUGUGACCGUAGUAGGUUCCUGGGCAAAAGCAUUACUUGUACGUGUCGAAAGGCAGCUCUGUAAUGUGGUUACCACAGAUAAGACACUUGUGUUUGUUCCUUUUUUUUUUUUUUUUUUUUAUUUAUUUUUUUUAAUAUAAGUAUAUUUGAUUAGAAAUGCAUUUUAUCUCUGCUAAAAGUUAAAUCAUGUUCUUGUAGAUUUACUUGUAAAAAGGUACCUUUUAAUUGUAUUGUCCCUUGUAAUUAUUUUUAGGAGCUUCUUAUGCUUGCUUAAAUGUUUUGAAAUACUGUUUUAUAUUUAAAGGUGUUUUGUGUUGAAUUUUAGGAGUUACACAAAACGAAAAUAGUGAUCUAACACUUAACUAAAGAUUUAAGUAAUUAUGUCAGUUUCAUGACAUAUGUUUGACCUUUUGGAGGAAUGUAUUUUUGUUUUGCCUGUAUUGUUGAAAGAAGAGCAGGUUUGUGAUGUUGACGUGAUUCUGUUGAAUUUUUUUUUUUUUCUUUCUUUUUUUUUUCAAUUCUUAGAGGUGCUCAAGUGUCACAUCUAUCUAUGUUCUUUGUUUCAAUUUCAGUUUUUAGAUAUGACAGAUCUGUAUUUUGCUUCCGAGAAGUAAAAUUUUGAAUAAAGAAUUAUGGAAGGAAAUUUAGGGAAAAGUAGAACAGAUGUAAACUAUAAAUUCUUUUUAAAGAGAUAUAUAUAUAUAAACUAUCUUCUACUGUCUGAUGUGACCUUUCCUAUUGAACUUACAAGGCACCCUGUUGCCUCUUAAUGGAGUCUUUGUAUUAAAAUAUUUUCUUGGUGUUGACCAACUCUUCAUAUAUAUAAAUAUAUAUAUAAAGUUGAUAUUUUCAACACUGGUUGGUACAAAGAGUUACAUAUAUGUUUGAAGUUUGUUGACUAUAAUUGCAAAGCUUAAAAAUAUUAUGGCGUUAACUUUGUACUUUCAUGUCUCUAGAACAUUGCGUUAUGUUCCCGUGUUGGAUUAUAUUUUGAUGUAGCUGUUAGUGAUUUGUGCUUUUGAUAAUGCAUAUGCAUAUUUGGGAACUAUUAUAUUCUCAAAUCUAUUUUGAUCUCUGGACCUCCAUAGAGUGAGUGGACCCCACUUAGUUAGGUCUUGAUUUUAUUUAUUUAAAUAUUCCAGAGUAAUGCAGGCUAUGAAAGCAGGAGCUGCUCUUAAUACAGAUGGUUUCUUUUUAUUUCCCAUAUUUGCAAGUAAUAAUGGGGUUUAAUUUUUGGGAAGAUUUUGGUUUAAAAAGGGUACCUUGAUUUUGUCAGUAAGUAGUAAUUGUGUAAUUUAUACCUUGAACUUAAUUUUUUCCUCUUUACGCAAAAUUAUUCUUCUGGCAGGGGAUGCUCAAUGUUACAGACUUUAUAAUGUAUUUUAGAUAUUGGCAGCUCUUUCCAUUACAAAAUUGUUACCGACUUCCUUUCAUAGUUAUCCUUGCUUAGGUUUACACAUUUCUUUUAGGUCCACAUGUUAUUAACAUUGUAUAAAAUUAGUAACUAUUGUGUAUCAUUACUGUUGAUUUUAAAUUAGUUGAGUAAUCAACUACAAAUACUAUUGAUUUACAUAUAACUUGACAGAGUGAAAGUAAUCAGAUUAUAUCACAAGCUAGGUGCUGUGGUGGCCGUAAGCUGCCUUGAAUUGCUGAUGUCCACCGUUAUUGAUGUAGUAGAGUGUUGAGUCAUCUGUUAACUAUAAAUUACAUCUUAUGACUCUCGUGUGUUGGUAAAACCACUUUUGAAAUCCUAUGAGAGGAGGAUUCCCAAUAAACCCAAUUUAUGGUAAACUAAUUUGACAUUUAUUUCAUUGCUGUACAUACUGCAGUCAAGCAGUUCUGUUUCAGUUUGAGUGAGGAUUAUUUAUUGGUUUUAUUAAAAAAAGCAAAAAAGAAAAAAAAAACGGGUACCAUUAGAUCCUAAUAAAUUAUCUUUUUACAGUGAGAUAUUUUACUUAAAAUAGUUCACUGUAACUUAUUAUUUCAUUUACAUUGUUUAUCCCUUUCAAAUCCUUUUGCCCUCUUGACAAGCAUGGUAUGGUAUUCAGAUGCAUUUUGGUUGUUUUGCUAGCCAGUGUCGUCUGCCUCCUCUCAUUGGCUUUCAUGACUGCAUAAUUUUUACUUAAAUUUGUGUGAAAGUACAAAUUUCUGACCAAGUCGUAAUUUGCCUGGUCUGGACUGUUAGCUGAAAUAUCAGAAAUAUGCAGGUUUUAUGGAGUACUUUGUACAAUUUUUUAAAAUUAAAUAUACUAUAGAUUGGAUAGACUUUGCAGUUUCAAAGAUUAAGUUGAAAUUUCUGCAAUUGCUUUGAAUUGGCAAUUAUUUUGGGAAUGUUUCCCCAUUUAGUAUACAUAUGCACUAUAACAGAGUACCUAAACCUGGUAAGAUCAUGCAAGUUACAGUCUAGAAAAACUCCCUCCAGAAGUGUGAAAAUAUUCAUGGAUUUUGGGCCUGUUGGCGCUUGUAUUUUCCCCAUCCUAUUCUCAUCAGUAAUCCUGGAACUAAUGUUAUCGGGUUUGUUGAGUACCAUUGGCUAUUUAUGCAAUUUAAAUAUUCAGACAUUUAUGAUAGAUUCACAUUAUACUGUACAUAUAUAUAUUUAUAUAUUUAAAAUUUUUGUGAUAUCCUUCCAGUUAUAAAAUAGGAAACAUGGAGGCUAAUAUUAAGUGGAAAAUUCUUCAAUGUGUUUUAAGGCUCACAAUCCCUGAUUAUGUUACACAUUGACUUCAGCCUUGAGGUAAAGACCAACAUGUGAAGUUUGGGUUUAACAAAAAAGAAAAAAAAGAUUAGCAAACAGGUGUAUUGCAGUAAAUCUUCAAUAAAAAGAGGAAGUCA